GUCUUUGCCAUACGGAAAGUUUUUUGUUUGAUACAAAAGUACACACUCCUUACAGAUAUGACGACGCUAUAAUUCAAUGAUCUAUGCUUUUACUUUCAUGCCUUGCGUGGAAAAAUGCUGUCCGACGAUUGCAUGACCUCGUUGUGAUUUAGGGUUUAGGGCAAUGGAGACAGAGAACAAGGAUCAACGGACGCUGUUGUGGGGCGCUUCGCUGCUGCUUUUCUUCCUUCUCAUGCUGCUCACGCCGGCGAUCACUAAGAAUCAGUCACAGCACGCGUUCGCCGAUCAAAGAAAUUUCCUAGGCUUUCCAAACACGUUGAAUGUUUUUUCGACGUUCCCUUACCUCGUCAUUGGCUGCAUUGGAACUGUGCUGUGCGCGCAAGGGAAUUACUUUGGAUUCAGUUCUCAAGGGGAAGUCUGGGGAUGGACGUGGUUUUUCGUUGGAAUCACGGCCUCGGCAUUUGGUUCAGCGUAUUACCAUCUCAGGCCGAGUGAUUCUCGCUUCGUUUGGGAUUGCCUGCCAAUGGCUUAUGCCUUUGCAUCGAUCGUAGCUGUCUUUGUUGUGGAAAAACGAGACGAGCUCAAAGGACCAAAAUCGUUUGUGCCGUUGCUGCUAGCGGCCUCAGCAACGGCAACAUAUUGGUGGUUCGCUGACGAUAUGCAAUUGUUUGCACUCCUGCAAUUUAUUCCUUCGGUAGCCAUCCCCGCUAUGACAGUCGCUUUGCCUCCGAAAUACACACAGUCCUGGUAUUGGAUGUGGGCUGCAGGUAUGUACCUGCUGGCCAAGCUUGCUGAAGCAUUCGAUUCUAGAGUUUAUCACUGGACUCGGUUUCUAGUAAGUGGACAUACAGUGAAGCACCUGAGCACGGCUAUGGUGCCCGUGUUUCUUAUGAUCAUGCUCGCUCCGCCCAACGUCAAAAUUGAGCGAUUAACCGUCUGAUGGCAGUGGUUUUGAGCAGAAAUAUAAUAGACUGACAGAAAAA